UCAACUUUGCAAAUAUUAGAACCGAUACUUCUUGAAUGAGUUUAUUGUUGGAUUGAACCGGAUGUGUUCCUUUCUUUAAGGCUGCAGUGAGCACCUCACUGGUAAACGUGGUCUCAUCAUGUCGCCUUACUACCCCGGAUAUUAUACAACUAACAGUUGGUGUGAAUGGCGUAUAACCGCUCCUUUUGGUCAUGUGAUCAGAUUUCAAUUCGUUUAUUUUAACCUGGAACGAGGGGACACGCGAUGCUUAAAUGACUAUAUUGAGGUGUUUGAUGGGAAUUCCGCAGAUUCUACCUCCCUUGGCAGAUUUUGUGGUCAUUAUUACCCAGAGAUGUUGGAAUCUUCAUCAAAUAACAUGCUAAUCGUGUUUAAAUCUGAUAGCAAGGUAGUGCGCACGGGAUUCAAAGCGGAGUAUUACACAAGAAAAGAAGAGGUAGAUCAAUGCAAGAUGAAACCAGAUUGUCCAGUUGGUUCUAGAUGUUACACUGUAAAAGGAAUGCCACAGCGAUAUGUGUUGGAAGCGGCAGAGUCCAUUGCGAGUAUACCAUGGAAUAUAUCAAGUCUGACAUCAGCGCUUUUAUUUGGUGGAAGCAAAAUCGCCCAGCUGAGGAACACAGAUUUUCAAUCACUGUCAUCUCUCAUCUACAUAGAUUUGAGCCACAACAAAGUAUUCCAGUUAGAAAUGGAGACGUUUCGAGGUUUAUCAUCUCUAGAAACUUUGAGACUCAACAACAAUUUUCUUAAGGAACUCAAUGACGACGUUUUUAAAGGACUAUCUCGCCUUCAAUCGUUGGAUCUUAGUGAAAACCUCCUUGCUGACAUUCAGGAAGGCGUCCUGAAUAAUUUGACGAAUUUGCAAAUCUUGAGUUUAAGAUUUAACCGUAUUCACAUCGUCAACAGAAAUACCUUUAGAUACACGAGGCGACUGUCACAUCUGUAAGUAUGAGGUGGUCUGUUUAAAGGACAACUGGUACAAUCCGCAUUAUGGUUAGAAACGUUUAGAUCUUUUUACACCAGAUUAACUGCAUAUUUUUUUGUAAAAGUAAAACUCAAAAUAAUGCUUUUCCGAGGUCAUCGAGAAGGCAAGGCAAACUGAUCACGUGAGACUCAGGGCCCGA